AUGGAUUUCAGGACUGCCUGUGAGGAGACAAAGACAGGGAUUUGUUUGCUGCAGGAUGGUAAUCAGGAACCUUUCAAAGUCCGGCUGCACCUAGCCAGAGAUAUUCUGAUGAUCCAGGAACAGGAUGUGAUAUGUGUGUCUGGUGAGCCUUUCUAUUCUGGUGAAAGAACGGUGACCAUUAGAAGACAAACUAUAGGAGGAUUUGGAUUAAGCAUUAAGGGGGGAGCAGAACAUAACAUUCCAGUUGUUAUUUCAAAAAUCUCCAAGGAACAAAGAGCGGAACUUUCAGGGUUACUCUUUAUUGGGGAUGCAAUUCUACAGAUAAAUGGAAUUAAUGUGAGAAAAUGCAGACAUGAAGAAGUGGUUCAGGUUCUUCGAAAUGCUGGAGAAGAAGUUACCCUAACAGUGUCAUUUUUAAAGAGAGCACCUGCUUUCCUCAAACUCCCACUGAAUGAAGAUUGUGCAUGUGCGCCAAGUGACCAGAGCAGCGGGACAUCUUCUCCUCUGUGUGACAGUGGCUUACAUCUCAACUACCAUCCCAAUAAUACAGACACAUUAUCAUGUUCUUCAUGGCCCACCUCUCCAGGCUUGAGAUGGGAAAAGCGAUGGUGUGAUCUUAGACUGAUCCCUCUACUUCAUUCACGUUUCUCUCAGUAUGUGCCUGGGACAGAUUUGAGUCGGCAGAAUGCUUUUCAAGUCAUUGCUGUGGAUGGGGUCUGCAGUGGGAUUAUUCAGUGCCUCUCUGCUGAAGACUGUAUUGACUGGCUACAAGCAAUAGCAACUAAUAUUUCAAACCUCACAAAGCACAACAUCAAAAAGAUCAACAGAAAUUUUCCUGUAAACCAGCAGAUAGUCUACAUGGGGUGGUGUGAAGCACGGGAGCAGGACCCCCUUCAAGAUCGCGUGUACUCACCAACAUUUCUAGCCCUGAGGGGUUCAUGUCUUUACAAGUUUCUGGCACCUCCAGUGACAACAUGGGACUGGACCCGAGCAGAGAAAACAUUUUCAGUUUAUGAGAUUAUGUGCAAGAUUCUCAAGGACAGUGACCUGCUGGACCGGCGGAAACACUGCUUCAUCGUGCAGUCUGAAUCUGGGGAGGAUCUCUACUUCUCUGUGGAGUUAGAUUGUGACCUCGUCCAAUGGGAAAGAGCCUUCCAAACAGCAACCUUUCUAGAAGUGGAACGGAUACAGUGCAAGACAUAUGCAUGUGUGCAGGAAAGUCAUCUAAUGGGACUUACGAUUGACUUUAGCACCGGAUUUAUCUGCUUUGAUGCUGCAACAAAGGCUGUACUUUGGAGGUAUAAGUUUUCUCAGCUGAAAGGUUCUUCAGAUGAUGGCAAAAGCAAAAUCAAAUUUUUGUUUCAGAACCCAGAUACUAAACAGAUUGAAGCAAAGGAGCUGGAAUUUUCAAAUCUAUUUGCUGUUCUUCACUGCAUUCAUUCAUUCUUUGCUGCCAAGGUAGCUUGUUUGGACCCUCUCUUUUUAGGCAGUCAAGCUACUGCUUCUGCUACUGCCAGCUCUACUACUACAAGCAAAGCAAAGUAUAUGACUUGA